AUGUUCAUCGCCGAUACACUCGGCCGCUAUAAUGUAUACAAGGGCCCGGCCAUUGUUGUCCCAUCACUUUCUUCGGGCGCGCAAUUCCCCGUGAACGAUCUGCUAUAUCUGAUUCCUGCCUUGGCUGCAGUCACAAAGAAUCUCAUUUUCGGAGUCACCGCCAGCGUGACUGCUGCGAGGAACCAUGGACUGACGGAGCAAAUACCGCAAGAUGAACGAUAUGCGAUUGCACAUGAGUAUCUGGAAGUGCUGUAUAAGCUCUGGGAAGGGAGCUUCCGAGACGGCGCCGUGCUCGCUGAUCAGGAAAAUACUUCGAUGUUUCCGGUCCGCACUUCUGUGAGCCUUCUCCACAGCGCACUCCCUUUCUGUUUCAGGCAGGUGUCUCCGAGACGGGGAACGCGUUUGGAGGGAAGCAUGGCGAGGCCAUCUUCAGCGGGGGACCAAGCUCCUGAAGCGACUCGUGGGACUGUCGACAAUAUUCGAAACAUUGCGAAGCGAGAAGGUCGUGAUCCUAGCAAUAUCAAAGUCAUUGUGGGCAUUAAUGUGCUUGUCGCGGCAACGGAUGAGGACGCAAAGGCUAAAAGAGAGGGGUACAUUCAUUUCGCAGAUGAUGAAGGUGCCCUCGCGCUAUUUGGUGGAUGGCUCGGAGUUGACUGUCCACGUAACUCGACAACGAGCACGGAGAACCUUCCCUGGACCAAACAGAGAAUCGUCGAAUACAUCAGCGUCGGCGGGCUUCAGGCUAAACUAAUCGGCAGUCCAACGACAGUUGCCGAAGAACUGGAGCCAUGGGUCGACAUUUCCGGGGUGGAUGGAUUUAAUCUUGCACACAGUACGAACCCGGGGACGUUUGAGGAUAUCAUUGAGUUCCUUUUGCCAGAGCUCCGACGUCGGGGCUUGUUUCGGGCGAAGGUUGAGAAAGAGGGUGCGACAGCGCGAGAGAUGUGUAUUGUAUCGCGGCGACUGCCCGACGAUUAUCCGGGAAGCCAGUUCAAACGGCGCGCCGGUGAGGAAGUUCCUCAAUAUCAGCGAAACGAAUAA